CAAACCAGCGGCACGUACGUUUUAUCCUCCGGAUCCGAAACGCUGAUUUUCCCGUCGUUUUCGUGCCUCUUACGUGUUACCGCUCGCAGAGCUGAGUCAACCUGAGUCGCUAGCCGAGUCAAACGAGCGCGAGUUGGUUGGUGAGUUCUUGACUCGCUUUGAGGCUGAUACACCCAUCUUCUCUCCUUUCUCUGUUGCUGGGUAUCCGAGAUUUUCUGUUUUUGGUUGAGAUAGAGAAGGGAGAAAUGAUAAAUGUCGUUGCACGGGCAUCCGAGAGGGUUAUCACGUGAUUUUUCUUUCUGGGUCUUGUUUGUUUCCCGAGAAAAAGGAAAUGGUUCUUCUAUUUCCUCCAGUUCAGGCCAUUAGCUUCACUUCCAUGGAUAUGACAAAAUCAAGCGUAAUGGGUUCUGUAAAACCCCAUUUGCCUCAAAAGAUGAUGAGGAUGAUGAGUGAGAAAACCCGCCAACAAAAAGCUAGGGUUUCUGUCAUCACUUGUGGGCUAAGAAGAGAAGGACCUAGAAAGCCUUUGUGGAGGUCAAGGGUGAUAUCCAGGGAGGCUAUACAAGCAGUCCAUGCUCUCAAAUUAGCCAAGUCAGAUUCUAAGUUGGAGCAAGUUUUCGAGACGAGACUCUCGAGACUACUCAAAGCUGACUUGUUGGACACUUUGGCUGAGUUGCAAAGGCAAAAUGAACUGGAAUUGGCUAUCAAGGUAUUUGAGUAUUUGAAGAAUGAAGUUUGGUACAGACCCGAUCCAUCACUAUAUAGUAAUAUGAUUCAGACAUUGGGAAAGAACAAAUUGAUUGAAUUCGCUGAAGAGCUUUUUGCUGGCCUGGAAAAAGAGGGCUUGAAACCUGACACAAGGACAUUCACUGAGAUGAUUGGAGCAUAUUUUCAAGUGGGUGAGAUAGGGAAGGCAAUUGAGACAUACAGAAAGUUAAAGGAAUCUAGUUGUGUGCCUGAUAAGCUGACCUUCACAAUUUUGAUAAGGAACCUUCUGAAGGCUGGAGAAGAGGAGCUUGCUGCAAAUCUAAAGAAAGAAUGUGCCAAAUAUAUAGAUUAUCCCGAGAAAUUUCUUGAAGAAAUAGAGCAGAAACAUCCAAGAUGAUGGCCUAUCAACCUUGUGUAGAAGUUUCAAGUGUCCAAGCUGUAUUCUGUCUUUGGCUAUUCUCUAUUGCCACUAUACUUGGAAAAGGACUUUCAGUGAAGCAUUGUCGAUACUGAUUGUUACAAGCAAAUUUUGGAAGGAUGAAAAUUAUUGAUCAACAAAGUGGCUUCUGCAUGGACUGUUGGAUGAUCUCUUGUGAUGUCAAUUAUGCUUAUUUCCGCAAUUGGAUGAUCUCUUGAUUUUCCGAUUGCAGAUUGACGGGCCAAUUUCUGAAAGUGUCAUCAAAAGAUCUGUAUCCUUUUUUUUUUUUUUCUGACAAACAUAAGUUCUUUGGCUUGGAAUGAAAUGUUAGAUUCUCACUACAAUUUUAUGUAGUUGUAUUAAAUUGCACAUUUCAAUUUCAACUGUAAUAAAUGCUAGUUAGUAUAUAUUAUA